AUGCAGCAGCUACAGCAACUUCAACAACAGCAUCAACACCAGCAACCGCAGCUACAACAACAAACACCUAGUGUAGCCAAUAAUACCAUUGUUGACGACCCGAUGACUGGUGUUGAUGGCCCCGUUGGCAAUAUAGAUGGCGCCAAUGUCAAUCCCAUCUCUGUGCCAACUCUCAACGCCACUCCUACUGUACCGUCACCCUCCUCUGCUGUAGCCCGUCCUGUUGCCCCCGCCGUUUCCUUGGCCCUGGUUCCUUCCUCUACUUCGACCAAUUCUACCAGCCAGACUAAUGUUAGGCAGCAAAGUAAACAGCACCAGCGCCAGCAACGUCAUCAAUGGCAACACCAGCACCAGCAUCAUCAGCGUCAGUACAGACGUCAGCCAGGGCGACAGCAGCCCCCACAGAGGACAGGUAGCCUCAACUAUUGGCAGCCACUGCAGACUUAUGACAGGAACUCUAAUGGCCAGGCCAACUCUAGAAGUAGUCAGAAUCCCAGCCAGCAGCAACAGGAACAGCCUCAAAAUAGGAUUGUCAGGAAUCCCUUUAGAAGAAAUCAACCUAACAACUCCAAUGCCUUUGGCUUAGCUAGCCGACCAAAAAACCCCGCUGAGGCUCACUUGUCCCGAUUCCAGGCUAAACUUAGGGCCGAGCGAACCGGAAACUUGGCUUACGCUCGUCAGCAGCGCUCUCCUACUCAGGUCACUCCUAAUGCUAAUCGUGGCCAGAGCCAGAGCCUUAGCCAGCAGAAGGGCAAUUAUGUGGAAGUCCAAAACAGCCAGGUGAACAAAAUUCAGCAGAAUUAUGCCCAGCUCCUGAAGCUGCACAUUAGGACUCAGGCCAGACUAGAUAACUACAACAGGGAUAGAAAGUUGAAUCUGGAAAUGCAGCAGCUACAGCAACUUCAACAACAGCAUCAACACCAGCAACCGCAGCUACAACAACAAACACCUAGUGUAGCCAAUAAUACCAUUGUUGACGACCCGAUGACUGGUGUUGAUGGCCCCGUUGGCAAUAUAGAUGGCGCCAAUGUCAAUCCCAUCUCUGUGCCAACUCUCAACGCCACUCCUACUGUACCGUCACCCUCCUCUGCUGUAGCCCGUCCUGUUGCCCCCGCCGUUUCCUUGGCCAUGGUUCCUUCCUCUACUUCGACCAAUUCUACCAGCCAGACUAAUGUUAGGCAGCAAAGUAAACAGCACCAGCGCCAGCAACGUCAUCAAUGGCAACACCAGCACCAGCAACAUCAGCGUCAGCACAGACGUCAGCCAGGGCGACAACAGCCCCCACAGAGGACAGGCAGCCUCAACUAUUGGCAGCCGCUGCAGACUUAUGACAGGAACUCUAAUGGCCAGGCCAACUCUAGAAGUAGUCAGAAUCCCAGCCAGCAGCAACAGGAACAGCCUCAAAAUAGGAUUGUCAGGAAUCCCUUUAGAAGAAGUCAACCUAACAACUCCAAUGCCUAUGGCUUAGCUAGCCGAGCAAAAAACCCUGCUGAGGCUCACUUGUCCCGAUUCCAGGCUAAACUUAGGGCUGAGCGAACUGGAAACUUGGCUUACGUUCGUCAGCAGCGCUCUUCUACUCAGGUCACUCCUAAUGCUAAUCGUGGCCAGAGUCAGAGCCUCAGCCAGCAGAAGGGCAACUAUGUGGAAGUCCAAAAUAGCCAGGUGAACAAAAUUCAGCAGAAUUAUGCGCAGCUCCUGAAGCUGCACAUUAGGACUCAGGCCAGACUAGAUAAAGAGAGUCUCACCAACACAGUCGUGUUGUGUAGUUGGUCGAGUGCGGACGUGCCUUGCGCCCCACUCUCAGUCUCAGUCAGUCAGUCAGAUCGUCGUGUUGAUCAGUUGGUCGAGUGCGGACGUGCCUGCGCCCACUCUCAGUCUCAGUCAGUCAGUCAGAUCGUCGUGUUGAUCAGUUGGUCGAGUGCGGACGUGCCUGCGCCCACUCUCAGUGUCAGCCUUAGUGUCAGUUUCAGUCCCAGUGUCAGUUGGCCGGUCGAGGGCUAA